UCGAAACAUCGGAGCGACCACACAUCACGACGACGACGACGAUGUCCGAGACGCCGACGCGACGCCAUGCCGAGGGCCGGCGAGGUAGCCAUGACCAGAACGAGACCCCGCGCAAUAGCAAGAGCAUCCGCGACCGGAUCGGCGAGCGUGGCGCCGUGGCCGAUGCUGCUUCGCCGCGGAAGCGCACGGCGCGCGAGCCCGAAGGACAAGGCGAAGAGAAGCGCCGACGUGUGAUGCGCGGCGGCGACGGGACGGCGAUGCCCACCGACCUCUUGAACGGGCGGCGUCGCUUGUUUGGGAACCUCAUGGGGCACCUCGGCAAAGCCAAGAAGCAGCUUGCAAAGGACAGUGAUUUGCUCCAGAAGCAAGAUCGGUUGCUCUCGGCGGCGGACGCCAAGACAAAAGAGCAGAGCCAGCGCGUGCAAGGCCUCGCGUCGCAGCGCUCGGAGCAGCGAAGGAUCGAGACGCAGAUCUCGUCGCUCAAGCGCAAUGCGAGCGACAGCGUCGCCAAGCUCGAGCGACAAGUCACGCUCAGCACAAAAUACGAGCGCCAUUACGCGCGGUUCCUCCAGACAGUCACGCCGAUCCCGAUCUACUACCUUCCUGCGCGCCACACCAAGGAGACGCAAGCCCUUGUCGACGCGUCCAUGGAGGCCGUCGAAGAGAAGAUCAAGCUCCGUCGACGAGAGUUUGAGGUCAAGAAACGCGAGAUUGAAGCCGACACGAAGCGCAAGGUGGACGUGCUCACCGCCAAGCUCAAGGCAGUGCGCACCGAAGGAGCGUCGCCCGCAAAGAAGACACAAACGUCCUCGACUGACCUUCCAGCGUCCGAGACGGUCGGAGCCAUGACCUCCAAGGACGAAAGCAGCCAUGACGCGUCUCGGGCUGACGCCCCGACAGAAGACGCACACGACAAGCUCGACGACGAGGCGAGCGAGACCGUGGUAGAUGCGCCUGCAACGCCUGAGCAAGACGACACCCGCGCCACGACCGAGCAGGAUGACACUGCCAUGACCGAGGAGAAUGACACUGCCAUGACCGAGGAGAAUGACACUGCCAUGACCGAGGAGAAUGACACUACCAUGACCGAGCAAGACGACACCAGUGCCAUGAUCGAGCAGGAUGACACUGCAAUGGCCGAGCAAGAUAACGAGGCAGCCACGGAGAAAGGCAACGAGGCAGCCUCCGAGCACGACGACGACGCGACCAACGAUGUUACGAUGACACACGAAGAGGACAACGACGAUGUCACAGUCGUCGACGCCCCAAUGGAGGAGGCGACCGCAGAGAAGAGCGCGCUUGUCGUCUCGGCGCGGACCUCCAAGCACGCGAUCGGGCCCGUUGCCAAGCUCAAGGUCGUCGAGCUGCGUGCAUAUCUCAAGGAGCGUGACCUGGACACGAAGGGUCUCAAGGCCGAGCUCGCUGACCGCCUCACCGAUGCGUUGGCCCUCGAGUCGUAAGCAGUGUCGUAGGAAUAAUAAGGUAGAUGAUGCCAUGACGGCGUGUUGCG